AUGGAUUACUUGGAACGGGUAAUUAAAGAAACUAUGCGACAUUACACCCCUCUUCCCAUAUUUGCCAGAAACGUUGAAAAGGAAACGCAGAUUGGAGGCUAUUUAAUCCCCGAAGGUACGCAGAUUGCCACGUUUGGGUCGACGUUCACGAUAUUCCCUGCAAUGUUACACUUGAAUGCGGACAUCUAUCCGGAACCAGAAAAAUUCAACCCGGACAACUUCUUGCCCGAAGCAUGUCAUAGUCGCCAUCCGUAUUCGUUUAUUCCUUUCAGUGCUGGUUACAGGAAUUGCCCUGGUAUCAAAUAUGCAAUGCUUCAAAUGAAAACUGUCAUCUCAACACUCAUCCGGUCUUAUCGUUUUCAUCCGUCGGAUAAGUGUCCCACGCCAAAAAAUCUUCGUGUAAUGUUUUCGACGACACUAAAGUUUGUUAAAGGGUGUUACGUUAAAAUAGAACCGAGAACGUAA